UCCUUUGUUUCCUCUCCUCUACCGGAAGGAACCAAAGUGGCUCUUCCUCGCUUUUGCUGUCACACCACUCCCGGCAUCCACGCUCAUCUCUCUCUCUCUCUCGGCAGCGAUGCGGGAUUUCUGCAAACCUUAAUUCCCAACGGAGUCUCAGAAAAUGGCGUGGGAGGUUAUCUUCUGGCUCCUGUGCUUCGCUGUCUCCAUUGUUCUCCUAGGCAUCCUUGUCUACCAACUCAUUUCGUUAUCGGAUUUGGAGUUCGACUAUAUUAAUCCCUAUGAUUCAUCGUCUCGCAUAAACACAUGGGUGAUCCCGGAGUUUGUGAUCCAAGGGGUGUUGUCUGCACUCUUUCUAGUGACAUGGCGUUGGUUUAUGUUGAUUUUGACUGCUCCUAUUACGUACUACCACCUGACACUGUACAUGAAGAGACGCCACCUUAUAGAUGUCACUGAGAUAUUUAGAUUGCUCAAUGUUGAGAAGAAGUACCGAAUGGUUAAGCUGGGUUUCUAUUUGAGCCUUUUUUUCAUUAUAAUCUACAGGCUUGUUGUAUCAGCAGUUGUUGCACUUAUUGAGUUAGAUGAUGGUGAGGCAUUUUGAAGACUAUCAUUUGGUGGCUUGCAAUAGUGGAUGCAGUGUUGAGAUUGUUUGAGUCUUCAUGUUCGUCAUCUAGUAAAGCUUGCUGCAGCAAAUUUUCAUGCCCGUGGAGUAUAACAUUUGCAAAUCAGGAUAUGCUUUUCCGACACCCUGAUUGUUACAGAGAAGUCCAAUUUCAAUGAUUUAAAACAAGUUCUGUACCAUUAACUUCUUGGAUCAUUUUAAAUGCUGCAACGUUGGAUAUGUGAAUGGCUAACCAUGGCUGGAAACUUUCCUAGUUUAAAAAGAUCAGAGCUGUUGGAAUUUGA